AUGGUCCGCAAGCUCAAGUUUCACGAGCAGAAGCUUCUGCGGAAGCACGACUUCAUCACAUACAAGCAGGAUGGCGAUCACCGAGAUGCGGCAGUGGUGCGCCGGUAUAUGAUUCAGAAGCCUGAGGACUACCACAAAUACAACCGGCUAUGCGGCUCCAUCCGUCAAAUGGCGCAUAGAUUGAGUCUCAUGCCCCCUGAGAGCGCGGCUCGUCGCAAGCACGAGAAGCUCCUCCUUGAUAAGCUGUACGACAUGGGUGUUUUGUCCUCCGCAUCAAAGCUGUCUGCCGUCGAGCACAACGUCACCGUGAGCGCCUUUGCUAGGCGGCGUCUCCCGGUCGUCAUGACUCGGCUUCGGAUGGCCGAGACCGUUCAGGCGGCGACGAAGCUCAUCGAGCAGGGCCACAUUCGUGUGGGUACCGAGACAUGCACCGACCCGGCUUUCCUGGUGACUCGCAGCAUGGAGGACUUUGUCACCUGGACCGUGGGCAGCAAGGUGAAGAGGAACAUCAUGAAAUACCGCGACAAGUUGGACGACUUCGAGCUGUUGUAA